AUGGCAGUUUCCAGGGUGGUUCUCUUUCUUGGUCUCCUUUUGGCAGCCCUCAUGGCAGUGGCUUCCUCACAAUCCACUGCUCCGGCUCCUGCCCCAACAAGCGAUGGCACCUCACUUGACCAAGCUGUGGCUUUCCAGUAUCAUACUGUAGUAGACCUGGCUGCGGUAGCAACAUCAAGCGAAUGA